AUGACCACAAUGCUACUGUGGGGGAAGUUGAACCAACUUGCCUUCCUCCCAAGGAACUCCUGGCUGUGGACCACAUUCCUGGCCAUGGAAGCCCACCACCAGUCCUCCUCCCAUCCAGUCCACCACCAGUCCUCCUCCCAUCCAGCCCACCAUCAGUCCACCACCACCCACCACCAGUCCACCACAGUCCUCCUCCCAUCCAGUCCAUCACCAGUACCUCCUCCCAUCAGUCCACCAACCCAGUCCUCCUCCCAUCCCGAGGUCCCACCACCAGUCCUCCUCCAAUCCAGGUCCACCACCAGUCCUUCCUCCAAUCCAGUUCCACCACCAGUCCUCCUCCCAUCCAGUCCACCACCAGUCCUCCUCACCAUCCAGCCACCCACCACCAGUCCUCCCUCCCAUCCAGCCCACCACCAGUCCUCUCCAUCCAGUCCACCACCAGCCCUCCUCCAUCGGUCCACUUCAGUCCUCCACCACCCAGUCCAAACCAGUCCUCCUCAAUCCAGCGACCACCGUCUCCCUCCAUCCAGCCACCACAGUCCUCUCCAAUCCAGUCCACCCACCAGUCCGACUCACCAGUCAGUCCACACGUCCUCCCACAUCCAGUCCACCACCAGUCCUCUCAAUCCAGCCCAUCACCGUCCUCCUCCAUCCGCCACAUCAGUCACACCACCGUCCUCCUCCCCAUCCAGUCCACCACCCAGUCCUCACUACCAUCCAGUCCACCACCAGUUCAUUCCUCUCCAUCCAGCCCACCACCAGUCCUCUCCUCCCCAUCCAGCCCACCAUCCAGCCAACCACACCAGUCCUCAUCCCAUCCAGUCCACCACCAGUCCUUCUCCCCAUCGAGCCCAACACCAGUCCUACGCCAAUCAGUACCACCAACCAGUCCUACUCCCAUCCAGCACACCAUCCAGUCCUCAAAAAACCCAGUCAGCCCACCAAUCCAGUCCACCACCAGUCCUCCCUCCCAUCCAGUCUAUGCACCAGUCCUCCUCACAUCCAGUCCAUCGAGUCCUCCUCCCAUCCGUCACCAACAGUCCUCCUCCAAUCCAGUCCCCCACCAGUCUCCUCCCAUCAGUCCACCAUCCAGUCCCCCACCAGUCCUCCCACCUACCCAUCACAGAAACACAUCAGCAGAAAACACGGUAG